AUGAUUGUCAGGAUGCUGAAACUGCGAAUGCUCAAUGCUAUUGCACCAGCCUACUUCUAUACUGCCACAGCAGUCACCUUUGUUCUCCACUUCUUCCUUUUCAUCCCCACUAUUUUCCAAACCCAAAAUGUUACACUAAGUUCCCUCAUGCUGCUUCACAUUACUGUUUUGCUAUUUCUUAUGCUCAAUGCACUUGGGAAUUACUCAAUGACUGUAUGGUUCCCAGCAGAGAGUGCCAAUGAGAACAUUAUUCCAGUCUGUUCACCAGACUGUCCAGACAGAGUGGAUGCUCACUACCUCCUUAAUGGCCGGCACUUCUGCAAACUGUGUAAGAAAAUCAUUCUUAAACGGGAUCACCACUGUUUCUUCACGGGAAACUGCAUAGGGAACAGGAAUAUGCGCUACUUUAUCAUGUUCAGUAUCUACACGUCCUGUACCUGUCUGUACUCUCUGGUGCUUGGGGUGGCCUAUCUCACAGUAGAGUAUGCCAUCUCCUUUGAAAACCCUUUGACCUUCCUCACACUUUUGCCCCUCUCUACAGGUUACUUCUUCCUCGGUACCAUUUCUGGCCUUCAAUUCUUUCUGGUUAUCAUGCUCUAUGUAUGGUUAGGCAUUGGUUUGGUGAGUGCUGGUUUCUGCUGCCAACAAAUCUUGCUUGUGGCCCGUGGACAAACCUGGUGCCAGCUACAGAAAGGGCAGCUAGUGGAGAGCCGAGGAACAUGGCGAUCCAAUUUGAGUGAUGUAUUUGGUUCCCGCUGGGUACUGGGCCUCUUUCUGCCAGUACAGACUGUGGAGACCACUCCAGGAAACUGGCAAAGUUAUCAUGAACACAAGCAUGACUGA